AUGACGGUUGCCUCGGGUGAUGCCCUCCCAGCAGCUGCUACAAGUACCAUGACCCAAAGUACCAGCAUGCCGAUGUCUUCAGGUGCCACAACCACCACCCCAGCCAGCUUCACGGCAUCCGUUCCUCCAGGUGGGUCUGGAUUUGUCAUGGUUUUUCUGGCCACUGCUUUUGCGGUACCAGGUGCCUCCCUGAGCCUGGUGAACGGCAGGAACCGGUGCGAGGGGCGCGUGGAGAUUUACCACUACGGGGGCCAGGGCACCGUCUGUGAUGACAGCUGGGACCUGAACGAUGCCGAGGUCGUGUGCAGGCAGCUGGGAUGCGGCUUUGCUGUUUCUGCACCGUCAAGUGCCUCCUUUGGACAAGGCACUGGCAAUAUCUACCUGGACGAUGUGCACUGCACAGGCAGCGAGUCCUCCCUCUUUCAGUGCAGGCACAGUGGCUGGGGCGUCCACAACUGUGGCCACGGUGAAGAUGCUGGUGUUGUGUGCUCAGGUGCCUCCCUGAGCCUGGUGAACGGCAGGAACCGGUGCGAGGGGCGCGUGGAGAUUUACCACUACGGGGGCCGGGGCACCGUCUGUGAUGACAGCUGGGACCUGAACGAUGCCGAGGUCGUGUGCAGGCAGCUGGGAUGCGGCUUUGCUGUUUCUGCACCGUCAAGUGCCUCCUUUGGACAAGGCACUGGCAAUAUCUACCUGGACGAUGUGCACUGCACAGGCAGCGAGUCCUCCCUCUUUCAGUGCAGGCACAGUGGCUGGGGCGUCCACAACUGUGGCCACGGUGAAGAUGCUGGUGUUGUGUGCUCAGGUGCCUCCCUGAGCCUGGUGAACGGCAGGAACCGGUGCGAGGGGCGCGUGGAGAUUUACCACUACGGGGGCCGGGGCACCGUCUGUGAUGACAGCUGGGACCUGAACGAUGCCGAGGUCGUGUGCAGGCAGCUGGGAUGCGGCUUUGCUGUUUCUGCACCGUCAAGUGCCUCCUUUGGACAAGGCACUGGCAAUAUCUACCUGGACGAUGUGCACUGCACAGGCAGCGAGUCCUCCCUCUUUCAGUGCAGGCACAGUGGCUGGGGCGUCCACAACUGUGGCCACGGUGAAGAUGCUGGUGUUGUGUGCUCAGGUGCCUCCCUGAGCCUGGUGAACGGCAGGAACCGGUGCGAGGGGCGCGUGGAGAUUUACCACUACGGGGGCCGGGGCACCGUCUGUGAUGACAGCUGGGACCUGAACGAUGCCGAGGUCGUGUGCAGGCAGCUGGGAUGCGGCUUUGCUGUUUCUGCACCGUCAAGUGCCUCCUUUGGACAAGGCACUGGCAAUAUCUACCUGGACGAUGUGCACUGCACAGGCAGCGAGUCCUCCCUCUUUCAGUGCAGGCACAGUGGCUGGGGCGUCCACAACUGUGGCCACGGUGAAGAUGCUGGUGUUGUGUGCUCAGGUGCCUCCCUGAGCCUGGUGAACGGCAGGAACCGGUGCGAGGGGCGCGUGGAGAUUUACCACUACGGGGGCCGGGGCACCGUCUGUGAUGACAGCUGGGACCUGAACGAUGCCGAGGUCGUGUGCAGGCAGCUGGGAUGCGGCUUUGCUGUUUCUGCACCGUCAAGUGCCUCCUUUGGACAAGGCACUGGCAAUAUCUACCUGGACGAUGUGCACUGCACAGGCAGCGAGUCCUCCCUCUUUCAGUGCAGGCACAGUGGCUGGGGCGUCCACAACUGUGGCCACGGUGAAGAUGCUGGUGUUGUGUGCUCAGGUGCCUCCCUGAGCCUGGUGAACGGCAGGAACCGGUGCGAGGGGCGCGUGGAGAUUUACCACUACGGGGGCCGGGGCACCGUCUGUGAUGACAGCUGGGACCUGAACGAUGCCGAGGUCGUGUGCAGGCAGCUGGGAUGCGGCUUUGCUGUUUCUGCACCGUCAAGUGCCUCCUUUGGACAAGGCACUGGCAAUAUCUACCUGGACGAUGUGCACUGCACAGGCAGCGAGUCCUCCCUCUUUCAGUGCAGGCACAGUGGCUGGGGCGUCCACAACUGUGGCCACGGUGAAGAUGCUGGUGUUGUGUGCUCAGGUGCCUCCCUGAGCCUGGUGAACGGCAGGAACCGGUGCGAGGGGCGCGUGGAGAUUUACCACUACGGGGGCCGGGGCACCGUCUGUGAUGACAGCUGGGACCUGAACGAUGCCGAGGUCGUGUGCAGGCAGCUGGGAUGCGGCUUUGCUGUUUCUGCACCGUCAAGUGCCUCCUUUGGACAAGGCACUGGCAAUAUCUACCUGGACGAUGUGCACUGCACAGGCAGCGAGUCCUCCCUCUUUCAGUGCAGGCACAGUGGCUGGGGCGUCCACAACUGUGGCCACGGUGAAGAUGCUGGUGUUGUGUGCUCAGGUGCCUCCCUGAGCCUGGUGAACGGCAGGAACCGGUGCGAGGGGCGCGUGGAGAUUUACCACUACGGGGGCCGGGGCACCGUCUGUGAUGACAGCUGGGACCUGAACGAUGCCGAGGUCGUGUGCAGGCAGCUGGGAUGCGGCUUUGCUGUUUCUGCACCGUCAAGUGCCUCCUUUGGACAAGGCACUGGCAAUAUCUACCUGGACGAUGUGCACUGCACAGGCAGCGAGUCCUCCCUCUUUCAGUGCAGGCACAGUGGCUGGGGCGUCCACAACUGUGGCCACGGUGAAGAUGCUGGUGUUGUGUGCUCAGGUACCAUUGAAGGUGCCUCCCUGAGCCUGGUGAACGGCAGGAACCGGUGCGAGGGGCGCGUGGAGAUUUACCACUACGGGGGCCAGGGCACCGUCUGUGAUGACAGCUGGGACCUGAACGAUGCCGAGGUCGUGUGCAGGCAGCUGGGAUGCGGCUUUGCUGUUUCUGCACCGUCAAGUGCCUCCUUUGGACAAGGCACUGGCAAUAUCUACCUGGACGAUGUGCACUGCACAGGCAGCGAGUCCUCCCUCUUUCAGUGCAGGCACAGUGGCUGGGGCGUCCACAACUGUGGCCACGGUGAAGAUGCUGGUGUUGUGUGCUCAGAGGGUUUUCCCAUGUUUCCCCUGUCUCCUCCUUCCCAAGGUGCCUCCCUGAGCCUGGUGAACGGCAGGAACCGGUGCGAGGGGCGCGUGGAGAUUUACCACUACGGGGGCCGGGGCACCGUCUGUGAUGACAGCUGGGACCUGAACGAUGCCGAGGUCGUGUGCAGGCAGCUGGGAUGCGGCUUUGCUGUUUCUGCACCGUCAAGUGCCUCCUUUGGACAAGGCACUGGCAAUAUCUACCUGGACGAUGUGCACUGCACAGGCAGCGAGUCCUCCCUCUUUCAGUGCAGGCACAGUGGCUGGGGCGUCCACAACUGUGGCCACGGUGAAGAUGCUGGUGUUGUGUGCUCAGGUGCCUCCCUGAGCCUGGUGAACGGCAGGAACCGGUGCGAGGGGCGCGUGGAGAUUUACCACUACGGGGGCCGGGGCACCGUCUGUGAUGACAGCUGGGACCUGAACGAUGCCGAGGUCGUGUGCAGGCAGCUGGGAUGCGGCUUUGCUGUUUCUGCACCGUCAAGUGCCUCCUUUGGACAAGGCACUGGCAAUAUCUACCUGGACGAUGUGCACUGCACAGGCAGCGAGUCCUCCCUCUUUCAGUGCAGGCACAGUGGCUGGGGCGUCCACAACUGUGGCCACGGUGAAGAUGCUGGUGUUGUGUGCUCAGGAUUUGUUUUGAAGCCGACCCGUCUCCAGCUGGUAAACGGAAGGCACAGAUGUGAAGGUCGCGUUGAGCUUUAUUACAAAGGACAGCCAGGGACAGUUUGUGAUGAUUUCUGGGACCUUUCUGAUGCCCGGGUCGUGUGCAGGCAGCUGGGAUGUGGCCAGGCCAUUGCAGCUGUAGGAAGUGCUUACUUUGGCCAAGGCUUGGGUGACAUUCUGCUGGACAAUGUGAAGUGCAGCGGAAAUGAGGUCUCCUUGUCACAUUGUAAACACUCUGGAUGGAGGAUACACAACUGUGCCCACUAUGAAGAUGCUGGUGUUGUCUGUUCAGUGCCCCUGAUCUCCCUUCCCAGGCCUGACUUCUGGAUAAAUUCUCCUCCAUUUCUUUCUGCAGCACCUUAUUUUUGUGGUGGCUCAAUCUCAAAUUCCUCUGGGAUGCUGCAGAGUCCGUUCUACCCUGGAGGUUAUCCAAACAACGCUGACUGUGUGUGGGAACUACAAGUAGAGAACAAUUUCCGUGUUAUGCUCACAUUUAGAGAUAUUGCGAUGCAAAGCGGCAGAUGCCAGUAUGACUACGUUGAAGUCUAUGACGGGCCUCCACACUCUUCCCCGCUUCUUGGGAGACUUUGUUCAGGUUCCUUUCCCACGUACAUAUCCUCUUCAAACAUGAUGACCGUUCGCUUUCACAGUGAUUCUAGAUACACUUUCAGAGGGUUUCAGGCUCACUACUUCUCCAUUCCAGCAGAUGACAACACUACCCUUCUGUGCUUGCCAGACUACAUGCAUGCGGUGGUUAGCAGAGACUAUCUCCAGUCUGAAGGCUACUCAGUGCAGAUGGUCACCCUGAACGACAAUCGCUGUAAACCGACAGUCACGUCACACGAGGUUAUAUUCAACAUUCCCUACAACGGCUGUGGGACGAUACGAGAGGAGAACAAUGAUACAAUCAACUAUUCCAACAUGAUCAAAGUUACAUCUUCUGGGUACAUAAUCAAGAGGAAAAAGAAUAUUCACUUACAUAUCAGCUGCAAAAUGCUACAGAACACAUGGAUGCAAAUAAUGUAUGUUGCUGAGGAUACUGUAGACGUGAAUGAAAAUCAGUUUGGAAGAUAUGACAUGAACAUCACUUUUUAUGAUUCCUCAUCAUUCUUGCGGCAAGUUCACGACUCUCCAUACUACAUUGACUUGAACCAAAAUUUGUACCUUCAAGCUUAUCUUCACAGCUCUGAUCCAAAUCUGAUCGUGUUUGUGGACACAUGUGUGGCGUCACCUGAUCCUCAUGAUUUUAACACUCUGGCCUAUGAUAUAAUCAGGAAUGGAUGUGUUAGAGAUUCUUCCUAUGCCACAUACUACUCCCCCUACAGCCACUUUGCUCGGUUUAAAUUUAAUGCCUUUGAGUUCAUCAGCCGCCAUACGUUAGUCUACCUGCAGUGUGAGCUGGUGGUGUGCAGGCUCGGUGACUAUUCCUCCCGCUGCUACCAGGGCUGUAUUAAUAGGUCCAAGAGAGAUACAAGUUCUGCCGAGGAAAAAGUGAAUGUGGUUGUCGGACCACUUCAGCUUCGAGAAGGGGAUGCUCAGAGUAGGAAUACUGAAUCAUCCCUGAGGCCAGUGAAUGGGCAGAACAAAUGUUCUGCACCUCUGGGAGAAGCUCGUUUUGGUGAUGGCACAGGAGAAAUCCUCCUGGAUGAAGUGCAGUGCCGAAGGGGUGAAGCUCUCCUCUGGCAGUACUCCCAUAACGUGUGGUUCGCCAAUCACUGCUUUCGUCAGGAAGAUGCCGGUGUCAUCUGUGCGGAUAAUUUCUGA